AUGACGGUUUUCCAGUUGACUCGAAUAACUCUCCAUCGAUUCCUCCAAAGAUCACCGAUAUCGAGUUGCACUCGAAAAAUGUCGUUCCAAGCAGCCGUCUCCAGUUUGCGUUCCCCCAUUAAAGAGCUGGUUCUUUCAGUAUCAAAAGAUGGUCAAGAACUUAUCGGGAACGACGACGCCGACAAGAAGGAAGUUAUUGGAUGGAUAGAGAAAACCAGUCAAGGCACUCUGGCCACGAAGAAUAACCUGAAGGUCCUUGACAGCAUUUUGGUGCCAAAGACCUACGUCGCAACGAACUACCUCACUGCCGCUGAUGUCGCGUUGUAUGGCGCUUUGCACCCAAUUGUCAAAAAGCUCCAAUCUUCCGAAUAUUACGCUGUGCCCUCAGUAACGAGGUAUUUCGACCACAUCCAGUCGGCACCGACAGUACGGGCCUCUGCAGAUACCCUUGGAGACGAAUUUUCACUGCUUCCUUUUGACAUUGACAACGCUCCCAAAGCCGAGAGGAACGCGGAACCCCCUAAGAAGAAGGAGAAAGCACCAAAAGCCCCUGCACCCGAGAAAGAGACGCCGGCCCAAACGCCCGGAACCGCAACCCCUGCUGAAGUGUCAUCAUCGUCCGCACCCACAGACAAACUGCAAAAGAAGGAUAAGAAGGAGAAAAAGAAAGAGACGCAGCCAGAGGCUAGCGGCAGCAAGAAGUCUGGCGGCAAGGCGCAGGCUUCGGAUGAUGGGGAACCAGUCCCCUCCAUGAUCGAUCUUCGCGUUGGACAUAUUGUUGAUGUGAUCAAGCACCCAGAUGCUGACGGCCUUUACAUCGAGGCAUGUGCCACUGCCAGGUUUCCGAAGAAAUUGUUCUGA